AUGCGAAAUAGUUAUCGAGACACACCACUCCAUUUUGCUUGUUAUUAUAAUUCAAUCGAUGUUGUCAAAUUCCUUUUAACAUUAGAUGAAAUUGAUAUUAAUGCACAAGAUAGUUAUGGAGAUACUCCUCUUCAUAUAGCAUGCAGAAAAAAUGUAUAG